GCACGUUGGGGCGCAAAGUUAGUAGUUGAGCAUCUUCUCGACGACAAAUUUGUUCCAGGGCGAACAAAUUGUCCUCCUGACGCUCAAAUACACAAAGGGAAAGAUGGCUAAAACUCUGCAAGAGCUAAUUCAGAAGCUGCAUGAGAUCUUUAAGGAUGACCGCGUCAAUGUGGAGGAGGUGCAGGAACUCAUGGAGUCAUACAAGAGCAACCGUAAGGAUUGGGAGAAAUACGCCAUAUUCGACGCUCACAAAUACACAAGAAACUUGGUGGAUGAAGGCAACGGGAAGUUCAACCUGAUCAUUUUGUGUUGGGGAGAAGGUCAUGGAAGUAGCAUCCACGACCAUUCCAACUCCCACUGCUUCAUGAAAAUGCUGCAGGGCGAGCUCAAGGAGACGCUCUUUGACUGGCCCAAGGGCGAAGACGAGAUGACCGAGAAGUCGCACAGGAUGCUGGAAAACAACUCAGUGGCUUACAUAAAUGACUCCAUCGGCUUGCACCGUGUAGAAAAUGUGAGCCACACUGAGGGUUCAAUUAGUUUGCACCUGUACAGCCCACCCUUCCAGACGUGUCAAGUCUUUGACCAGCGCACCAGCCACAAGAGCGUCGCGAAGAUGACCUUUUGGAGCAAAUAUGGCGAGAGGACUCCAUGUGAGACCAGUGCAUCAAAGGAGAACAACUAAUGUGUUUCCAAACGACGACUCUGGAUUCCCCCCCCCCUACCAUUUUUUUAUCUACUGCGACCACGCGGUUUGUUUGAAAUUUAGAUGCAGGCUGGUUCAAAAUGACCAGUACGGCUUUAUCACUCAUUGCUUGGCAAAUACUGAUGAGUAGAACAUGAUUGAAUGCAUAAAAAGGCUUCUGGCAAUUGAUUUUGAAAUGAUACGCCCCAAAAUGGAUGGAUGUCUAGCAUAUUUCUGUCACAGUUGAGCACUUUUCUAUCUGGAAUGCUCGCAGUUAUCUGCUGAAAAUUGCAUGAAGUUGAGUCUUUCGUCCACGGCCUGAUGAAGGCAAAAGUUCCAUUAGAUUUUUUUGUGGGUGGAUAAAAUGAAAUGUUUGUCUUAAGACCAACUGUUAAACAGUUCCAGUGAUUAUAAUUAGUGGACUGUACUUGUGUGUUGCUCAAAUUAGGCAUCUUCUCAGGAUUUUGCAUUUUAUAUUUGUAGCUUGCGAAUUCAUAUUGUGUAGUCAUUUCUGUAGCACUGAUAUCUGUGAUGCAAUAAAUAUCAGCUGUAACAAAAAACA